AUGCCUUCUGCUAGCCCGACACUGUCAUUAUCUGAUCACGAUGAUGAGAGCCAGGAAGAUUCUGUACCUCUAAUCGUCAUGAACGAGGCACAUGAAGAGCUGCAAGAUACCAGUCCGCCAGCAGAUAUCUUCGAAGUACUUGUUCUGGCUAGUGGAUUUGGGACUAAUACUCAGGCACAGCUACUGUCCGUUGGGAUCAGCCAAGCGGCAACGGGAUUGGCCUGGCUGGCCGGACCGCUUGCGGGGACUUUCUUUCAGCCUUUGAUCGGUAUAAUAAGUGACAAAUUUGGUCAUCAGAAAAUAAUCGUCGCUACUGGCGUCAUUGGUCUCGUUGCCUCGCUUUUAGGGCUCGGCUGGGCGCCAGAUCUGAAAGAGCAAAGCAGUGAAAUAGCCAAGGCUUUGGUGUUAUUUUUUAUCUGCACUCUGAACCUUGCCGUACAGCCAGUUCAGCUCGGUCUACGGGUCCUAAUCAUAGAACUCUGUCGUCCGGAACAGCAGAUCAUGGCGUCUGCUUGGGUUACGCGCAUGAUCGGGAUAGGAAAUAUCAUUGCGCAGCUGGCUGGAUCGAUUGACACGACGAAAUUACGGCCGUUCACGACUGGGUACCAUUUUAAGGAUUUAUGUCUGUUGACGUCGAUUGGUCUUAUUAUUACUGCAACCAGUCUGGGACUGUUUGUUAGGGCCGUGACAGAUCCCAUAUCUCCACCUGAGAGACGAAAUAAUCAGCAAAGCAGGCUCGUAGGGUCGUGGAAGGCCAUAAGGACUGUUUUCCCGGGUGCAAUGAGCGUUUGGAGGGUUCAGGUAUUUUCUUGGAUGGGGUGGUUCCAAUUUCUCUACUAUGCCACUAUGUACAUCGAUUCUCUUGUUCGAACGCUGGAGCUUCUGCUGACUCAUCUAAUAGCUUUAAAUGAUCUCCUGCAGGAUGCAAAUAUAACAGACGAGGAAGGUCAACGGUCCAUCAGAACGGAGUCUUUACAAUUCGGGCCCAGAGCAAUGCUUCUAAACGCUUGCGUAUCGUUCGUUUCAAGCAUGCUACUUCCCUGGCUAUUCAAAUACAAUGAGCGGUCAAAAGGAAAGUCCAGCAAUCACCUAACGCUAUCAAACAUCUGGGCGAUAUCCCAGGCACUGUUCGGAGCAGGCAUGAUACUCACUUUAUGGGUAUCGUCAGUUAUCGGUGCAACAUUCAUUAUCAGCAUUCUUGGCCUCAGCUGGUGCUGCACGGCCUGGAUCCCCUUUACAUUGAUGAGUACGAAAAUCUUACAGGAAUCGAGGAACGCCUUACGUCCCCACAAUCCGGGUUUAAUAAUGAGUUUGCAUAAUGUGUCUAUUGCAGCACCGCAAAUCCUCGCUGCUUUGAUUGCAGGGUUGGUUUUUUGGGUUUCUCAGGAUGGGGAGAACCAGGCUAGAUAUGUACUUGCUGUAGGUGGGUUGUUCGGACUGGGUGCUGCGUGGAUGGCAAGGGGUUUAACUAUUGAAAAGGAGUUGCAUUAG